UAUUCUCUGACAGUCUGUCGGAGGAGACCAUAGGAUGCACCUAUCUGAAGGAGGGUAUCACUGAGAAGCUGCACUUUUCAUCCUGACACCCCACAAGUAAUGAAUCUGUGAGAGGGAAAGCAGAGAAGCACACUUCAAAAUGGCAGACAAGGAUAGUGUUGAAAAAUACUUGGAGAAUAACCCUCAGUUCGCCAAAGAGUAUUUCGACAAGAAGGUCCGAAGCGAGGCCAUCACCGCUGCUUUCGCAGAGAAACUUGACAUCAAAGAUCCGGUCUCGUUCAAGGAUGUCAGCCAAAUCCAGGAGGCCAACAUCAUCUUUGACAUGAUCAAAGAAAUGCAUUCGCAGCCUAUUAUGGAAAAGGCCAUGCACAAGGUCCUGCAGAGGAUAUGUUUGCUGGUGAACGCUGACCGCUGCAGCUAUUUCAUUAACCGAGCGAGAAACGGCAUCCCUGAGCUCGCUACGUGUCUUUUUGAUGUCACCCCUACCUCAAAAUACGAGGCGAAUGUAGUCAACCCUCAGUCUGAAAUUGUGUUUCCUACUGACAUGGGCAUAGUUGGCCAAAUAAUGACCACCAAAAAACCAGCUAAUGUUCCGGAUGUCAAACAGAAUCCCAGAUUCAGUGAUUUUGUGGACAAACAGACAGGAUACACUACUAAAAACAUGCUGGCUGCCCCACUCAUGAACGGGAAAGACCCACUUGGUGUGGUCAUGGCAAUAAACAAAGUUGGAGGAAAUGAGUUCUCCAAAGCAGAUGAAGAUCUCUUCACCAAGUACAUCACUUUCGCCACAGUCAUUGCCCUACAGCAUUACACUUCAUACAUGUAUAACGUGGAAUCUAGAAGAAGCCAGGUUCUUCUAUGGUCUGCGAGCAAAGUGUUUGAAGAGUUGACGGACAUUGAGCGACAGUUCCACAAAGCUCUGUACACUGUCAGGACCUACCUCCAGUGUGAGAGGUACUCUGUUGGCCUUCUGGACAUGACCAAAGAAAAGGAGUUCUACGAUGAGUGGCCGAUUAAAUUGGGAGAUGUGGAGCCAUACAAAGGCCCAAAGACACCUGAUGGCAGGGAAAUCAACUUCUACAAGAUCAUUGAUUAUCUCUUAGAAAACAAAGAAGAGAUCAAAGUCAUACCGACCCCUCCUGUAGACCACUGGGCACUUGUUAGCGGCCUCCCUAGCUAUGUGGCUGAAAAUGGUUUUAUUUGUAACAUGAUGAAUGUUGCUGCAGAUGACUACUUUACAUUCCAGAAAGAAGCUGUGGACGAGUCUGGUUUCCUCAUCAAAAACGUCCUGUCCCUUCCCAUUGUCAACAAGAAAGAAGAAAUUGUGGGUGUUGCCACUUUCUUCAACCGGAAAGAUGGCAAGCCAUUCGAUGAGCAGGAUGAACAAAUAACUGAAGCGCUAACACAGUUCCUAGGAUGGUCUGUACUGAAUUGUGACACAUAUGACAAACUGAAUCGGACAGAGUGGAGAAGAGAGAUUGCAGCAGAAAUGGUCAUCUACCAGACCAAAGCCACCCCAGCUGAAGUCCAGCAGAUUCUGAACACGAAGGAGAAGUUUGACAUGAACCCUGAGGACUGUGAUCAGAAAGAAAUGUACAAACUCUUGAGAGCCAACAUUCCAGUAGCCAAGGAUGUCGAUCUGCUAGAAUUUAGUUUUAGCGACUUUCCUCUCUCUGAGGUUGACCUUAUCAAGUGUGGAAUUCGCUGUUUCUUUGAACUCGGAGUGGUAGAGAAGUUCAAAGUGCCAGCAGAGGUCCUGACAAGAUGGAUGUACACCGUACGAAAAGGUUACAGAGAUAUCACCUACCAUAACUGGAGGCACGGAUUUAACGUGGGCCAGACCAUGUUCUGUCUUCUGCAAACUGGAAAGCUGAGAAAAUACUACUCAGACCUAGAUGCCUUUGCGAUGGUAGCAGCUGCAUUCUGUCACGAUAUUGACCACAGGGGUACCAACAAUCUCUACCAGACAAAGAGCUCAUCACCACUGGCCAAGCUCCAUGGUUCCUCCAUAUUGGAAAGGCACCAUCUUGAUUACAGCAAGACACUGAUGGCAGAAGAGAAUGUUAACAUUUUCCAAAGUCUGCAGAAACGACAGUUUGAGACAGUCCAGCACUUGCAUGAUGUCUGCAUCAUUGCGACGGACCUUGCCUUAUAUUUCAAAAAAAGGACCAUGUUCCAGAAGAUUGUUGAUGCCACCGAACCAAUGACUGAUGAGAAGGAAGCGAUUGCCUAUGUGUCCAACAAUCCCAUUAGGAAGGAAAUCAUUAUGGCAAUGAUGAUGACUGGAUGUGACUUGUCUGCCAUUACAAAGCCAUGGGAGGUCCAGAGCAAAGUGGCUCUCAUGGUGGCAGCUGAAUUCUGGGAGCAGGGAGACCUGGAGAGGACUGUGCUAGACCAACAACCCAUUCCCAUGAUGGACAGAAACAAAUCAGAUGAACUUCCGAAGAUGCAGUGUGGUUUCAUUGACUUUGUGUGCUCAUUUGUGUACAAGGAAUUUUCAAGGUUCCACAAAGAGAUCACUCCCAUGUUUGAUGGCCUGAACAACAACAGGGUCCACUGGAAGGAACUGGCUGAUAUUUACCAAGCAAAAGUAGACGCUUUGGAGAAUGAACGAAAGCGACUAGAAGAGGAACAGGCUAAAAAAGGUGGUGAGGACGUAGAGGGAGGAAAGUCCAAAACCUGCACCAUAUUUUAAACAUCAUCUGACAUAAAUUCAGAGCCACAGAAAAGUCUGGGCCAGUAUGUAGAUGGAGGUGAAACGUGCUCCUAGGAUCACUACAUUUUCACCAGUUUUCUAAUUUCCUUGGAUGUACCUUCUCCAAGUGAACACGUAGGCAUUCACCAGAAAUGGAAGAACUGUACCAGUCUGAUGUUCUUUCUGAUGGGGUGCCAGCCUAGUGCACUAUAUAGACAAUUUCACGCUUGUACCUAAUCAGUCAUUUCACCUCGACUGAAUCUUUUAACAACUAACUACAGUGGAGGAAGUACUACAUAUGCAACUACUACAUUUGCCACACAGUGGUGGCCGAAACAUGACUCGGAGUAUGGCUUUUGAGUCCAUAACAGUUUAAGACUGUGGUAUAUCAUUGUAACAGCAAAAACAUUAAGAAUUAGAGCAAUACGCAUGAACCACUUUCUUACCAGUUGCUAAUUUCUCAAAAUAUCUAACUUCUCGAAUGAUUCCAGAAUCACGUGGUUUAGCUUCUCUGUAAACUGAUCAUAAAAGCAUCCAAUUUGAUAAUUGUUCUUUGGAUGAAUUCACUAAAUCACACUGGUGAAGUGUGCAAUUCCUACACCAAAUGGGAAUUGCAAAAAAUACUGACUGUUUUCAAACAUGUUUCCUCAACACACCCCUCAUCUGUAAUUGGCCAAACAUAAGGUUUUAACAGACCCGGCAUUACACUUUUUGGUAAAAUCAAUUUACAAAUGGCUUUCUUAUAGAUGUCUCUACAUAUCAAACUGGGGUGAAAGAACACUUCACCUUUAAACUACUGAAAAGUUAUUUUAAUAAAUAUCAGUUGCUUUAUUUAGGAUUAAAGGAGCAACUCAUUUGAAUAAUAGCUUUUACAGAAGCUGAAUGCUUUUAGCAAGUGCUUUGUAAAAUGUACAAAGAUCUCAUGCUACAAGUCUUGCACAAUGAUUAUGAGUUGUUAAAAGUAAAGAUGGCACUGCCAAGGCUCAAGAUCUUGUAACUUGCAGCGGUAACCUCUUGUUGCAUUUGCAUCUUCUUGUCGCAGCUGUGUUUGGAUGGAUACAUUACAAGACAUCUUUUCUACUUUUGUUUUUUUUGGUUCUUUAUAGAAGAUAAAGCUGAGAAUGUGAAAUGGUUAAUUCUGUGUCAACAGAAUAUGUGGAGUUGUGGAGAACAUUUAUGACCAGAACUUUGAUGUCUGUUCUUUUAAUCAUUUAAUGAUACCUAAGCAUGACACUUUGGUUUCAAACAUUAUGUAUUAUUGUAAGUAUUACAUAGAAUAUCAAUUGAUAACAUAGAGGUAUUUAUUUAUAACAAAUGUUUAAAUUAUUUUUAGUGGUAUUCUAUGGAGACACAAACAAGUCAGGGGAUAUUUAAAGAAAGUACACUAUGCCAUUACAAGGCAAGAGGGAACUGUCAGUCCUCGAACAAGUAAACCUAUAAGGAGAUUUGAAGUGAGUUUGAUGGGAGAGCAGCUCCUUAGAUUCACUCCGCUUUAAUCUUUAAAUACCAUGCUUAUUUAAAGCAGCCUCCAGAUACCUCCUCUGGCAGAAAGCACAAAUCCAAUUCGUAAGGUCAAAGUCUCUUGUUCUGAUCUUUGGAGAAUUUGAUGUAAGAGGUAACAUUUGUACUAGUGAACCUGAUAUCAAAAAUAGGUCAUUCUGCUUUAGAAAAAAUAACAGGCACCAACAAUAUGCACAAAAUGCAUCUAUGAUAACCUACAGAGAAAUGUUUUAAAUGCAUUGAAAAAAAUAAAUAAAUACAAUCUUAGGCAAUCUCCGCUUGUUAGAAAAAUCAGUUAAGGCCUUUAAUCCAAUAACAGGGGCCAUGGCAGUCUAAAUAUCUUCACUUUAAAUGUCAAACCCUCUAAAUCCCAGAUUGAAGAGGCCAAAAGUAAGUAAAUCUCAUCUCAGGUUGAUGGUUUGUGCAUUUUGCUAGGCUUGUGUAUAAUAUUAUCUACUGUGUCAUUUGGAUUGAGUGUGCAUGGGACUAAUAUCCAGUCAUCUUAUUUACUGAAUGCUACAGCACAUAUAUUGUAAAUGAUGUAAUGUGAACAAAUAAACACAUUAUCUGAA